UUAUCCAGUCUGCAAAGGUGUAACCAAACUAAACAGGAGAGGAGGCAUGAUUUACUCAGUCAGUGGAAUACAUUUUUUAGGUUCUUAUGUGAGGAGGAAAAACAGACAGUUGGGGGAAAUAAUUCAGGAGCAGGACAUUUUUACUUCGACCGUGGAAUAAAGCAACUGUUGAAUCUGGAAGACGACAUGGAAAAAGGAAUUUUUAUGUACAUAUUUUUUUUAUUACUCUACUUUGGAAAAGUCCCGAUCAGCAGUCGUUUGUCAAAUCUGGCUUGAAAAAGAUUUUUUUUUUUUUAAACAUGAAGGAUUUUCUGUAGAUGAGCAGUAUGCAGGUGUUAAUGUGGUAACCAUGGCAAUGAAAAUAAACAGGAAGGGAUCUGAUUGGGCGCUGGAGGGCUGGGAUCCAAACAUACGCCGCCUCAGCUACAAAUGCACCACCCUCAUCAAGGGCGACUAUGUCUGGUUGGACCUGAAGACUGGUCGGGAGUUUGAGGUGCCGAUCGGCGCAGUGGUCAAACUCUGUGACUCCGGACAGAUCCAAGUGGUGGACGAUGAAGGAAAUGAGCACUGGAUCUCCCCCCAAAAUGCCACCAACAUCAAGCCAAUGCAUCCCACCUCCAUCCACGGGGUGGAAGACAUGAUUCGCUUGGGAGACCUCAAUGAAGCUGGUAUCCUCCGUAACCUGCUCAUCAGAUACAGAGAAAAACUCAUAUAUACGUACACAGGCUCCAUCCUUGUGGCUGUCAAUCCUUACCAGCCGCUGCCCAUCUACACGGCUGACCAGAUCCGCCUCUACACCAACAAGAAGAUCGGUGAAAUGCCACCUCAUAUAUUUGCCAUUGCUGACAACUGUUACUUCAACAUGCAGAGGAACAACCGCGACCAGUGCUGUAUCAUCAGUGGUGAAUCUGGAGCAGGAAAAACAGAAAGCACCAAACUGAUCCUUCAGUUUCUGGCGGCCAUCAGUGGUCAACACUCCUGGAUAGAGCAGCAGGUCCUGGAGGCAAACCCUAUACUAGAAGCCUUUGGAAACGCAAAAACGAUCCGCAAUGACAACUCAUCUCGUUUUGGGAAAUACAUUGACAUCCAUUUCAACAAGCGAGGAGCCAUAGAAGGAGCCAAGAUAGAGCAGUACCUGCUGGAGAAAUCCCGAGUCUGUCGACAGGCCUACGAUGAGAGAAACUACCACAUCUUCUACUGUAUGCUGAAGGGAAUGACUGUCGAUGAGAAGAAGAAACUGGGGCUGAGCAAAGCCACAGACUACACCUACCUGACCAUCGGUAACUGUACCGUUUGUGAUGGCCGAAACGAUAUGAAGGAGUACUCCAACAUCCGCUCUGCAAUGAAGGUGCUGAUGUUCACUGACAAGGAGAACUGGGAGAUUUCUAAGCUGCUGGCUGCUAUACUGCACAUGGGAAACCUGAGAUACGAGGCACGCACCUAUGACAACCUUGAUGCCUGUGAGGUGGUGCGGAGCCCUCAUCUCACUACUUCUGCCACACUAUUAGAGGUGGACGUUAAGGAUCUGAUGAACUGUCUGACCAGCCGAACACUCAUCACCAGAGGAGAGACGGUCUCCACCCCUCUCAGCAUGGAACAAGCUCUGGAUGUACGGGACGCUUUUGUUAAGGGUAUUUACGGUCGCUUGUUUGUGUGGAUCGUGGAAAAGAUCAAUGCAGCCAUUUAUAAGCCUCCGUCAUCUCAGCCCAAAGCGCUCAGACGCUCCAUCGGACUCCUGGACAUCUUUGGCUUUGAAAACUUCACAGUAAACAGCUUCGAGCAGCUGUGCAUAAACUUUGCCAACGAGAACCUGCAGCAGUUCUUCGUGCGUCAUGUGUUCAAGCUAGAGCAGGAGGAGUACAACCUGGAGAACAUCAACUGGCAGCACAUUGAGUUCACAGACAACCAGGACGCUCUGGACAUGAUCGCCAUCAAACCCAUGAACAUCAUCUCACUCAUCGACGAGGAGAGCAAAUUUCCGAAGGGCACAGACACCACCAUGCUCAACAAGCUGAACUUUCAGCAUAAACUCAACACAAACUACAUCCCUCCAAAGAACAACUAUGAGACUCAGUUUGGCAUCCAACACUUUGCUGGAGUGGUUUACUAUGAAACAAGAGGUUUCCUGGAGAAGAACAGGGACACUUUGUAUGGCGACAUCAUUCAGCUGGUUCACUCCUCCAAAAACAAGUUCAUCAAACAAAUCUUCCAGGCUGACGUAGCUAUGUUUCUGUGUGGUUACGCUCCUGUUAGUUCAGCCACAGCUCCCUCCAAGGGAGCAGAAACCAGGAAGCGUUCGCCCACCCUGAGCAGCCAGUUUAAAAGAUCUCUGGAGCUGCUGAUGAGAACUCUGAGCGUCUGUCAGCCGUUCUUCGUCCGCUGCAUCAAACCCAAUGAAUACAAGAAGCCGAUGCUGUUUGACAGGGAGCUGUGUGUGCGUCAGCUGAGGUACUCGGGUAUGAUGGAGACCAUCCGAAUCCGCCGUGCUGGAUAUCCCAUCCGCUACACCUUCGUGGAGUUCGUCGACCGCUACCGGGUGCUCAUGCCUGGAGUCAAACCGGCGUACAAACAGGAGGACCUGAGAGGAACCUGUGAGAGGAUCGCUGAGGCCGUGCUCGGCAGAGACGACGACUGGCAGAUGGGAAAAACCAAGAUCUUCCUCAAGGAUCAUCACGACAUGCUGCUGGAGAUCGAGAGAGACAAGGCCAUCACAGACAAGGUCGUCCUCAUCCAGAAGGUGGUUCGGGGUUUCAAGGACAGAUCCAACUUCCUAAAGUUGAAGAAGUCGGCAGUGCUGAUCCAGAAGACGUGGAGAGGAUAUCAGUGCAGGAAGAACUAUGGAGCUAUGCGAGCUGGCUUUUCUCGCCUCCAAGCUCUGGUUCGUUCCAGGAAGUUGUGCGCAUCGUAUCACGUGGCCCGUCAGCGAAUCACAGCCUUCCAGGGUCGCUGUCGCGGCUUCUUGGUGCGUCGAGCAUUCAGGCACCGGCUGUGGGCCGUCAUCACCAUCCAGGCUUACACGAGAGGAAUGAUCGCUCGACGACUGUACAAGAGGCUGAAGGCAGAGUACCGGAGGAGGCUGGAGGCCGAGAAGAUGCGUCUGGCUGAAGAAGCCAAACUGAGGAACCAGAUGUCUGCAAAGAGAGCGAAAGCUGAGGCUGAACGCAAACACCAGGAGCGUCUGGCUCAGCUGGCCAAAGAGGACGCUGAGCGGGAGAAGAAGGAGAAGGAGGAGGCUCGGAGGAAGAAGGAGAUGGUCGAGCAGAUGGAGAAGGCCCGCACGGAGCCUGUCAAUGACUCCGACAUGGUGGACAAGAUGUUCGGCUUCCUGGGGACCACCAGUUCUUUCCCGGGUCAGGAAGGGCAAGCCCCAGCUGGCUUUGAGGAUCUGGAGCGGACCCAUCACGAGCUGGAGGAGGAGGAUCUGGAUGAGGCUCUUCCUCUGCCUGAGGACGAUGAUGAAGAGGAUUUAUCAGAGUACAAGUUCGCCAAGUUUGCUGCCACCUACUUCCAGGGCACCACCACGCACACCUACGCCCGACGACCUCUCAAACAGCCGCUGCUCUUCCACGACGAUGAGGGGGACCAGCUGGCUGCUCUGGCGGUGUGGAUCACGGUGCUGAGGUUCAUGGGCGAUCUCCCGGAGCCAAAGUACCACACGGCCAUCAGCGACGGCAGCGAGAAGAUCCCAGUCAUGACCAAAAUCUACGAGACGCUGGGGAAAAAGACGUACAAGCGAGAGCUGCAGGCGCUGCAAGGGGAGGGAGAGACGCCUCACUCUGACAGCCACAAGAAGAACAGCGUCCGACACAAACUUGUGUCCCUCACCCUGAAGAAGAAAUCCAAGAUCACCGAGGAGGUCACCAAGCGCCUUAACGAUGGUGAGUACGGUCUUCAUGGCAACAGCAUGCUGGAAGAUCGUCCCACAUCCAACCUGGAGAAACUUCACUUUAUCAUCGGCAACGGGAUCCUGAGGCCAGGACUCAGGGAUGAGAUCUACUGUCAGAUCUGUAAGCAGCUGAGUCAGAACCCGUCUAAGAGUUCUCACGCUCGCGGCUGGAUCCUCAUCUCUUUGUGUGUCGGCUGCUUCGCUCCAUCAGACAAAUUUGUGAAGUAUCUGAGGAACUUCAUCAGCUGCGGGCCUCCAGGCUACGCUCCAUACUGUGAAGAACGUCUAAGACGAACUUUUGUGAAUGGGACGCGAACGCAGCCUCCGUCCUGGCUGGAGCUGCAGGCCACCAAAUCAAAGAAGCCCAUCAUGUUGCCGGUGACGUUCAUGGAUGGCACGACCAAAACGCUGCUGACAGACUCGGCCACCACAGCAAAGGAGCUCUGCAGCGCCCUGUCCGACAAGAUCAACCUGCGAGACCGCUUUGGCUUCUCGCUGUACAUCGCGUUGUUUGACAAGGUCUCCUCUUUAGGCAGCGGGAGCGACCAUGUGAUGGAUGCCGUGUCGCAGUGCGAGCAGUACGCCAAAGAGCAGGGAGCUCAGGAGAGGAACGCCCCCUGGCGGCUGUUCUUCAGGAAAGAAAUCUUUACGCCGUGGCACGAGCCAACAGAAGACCAGGUCGCCACCAACCUGAUCUACCAGCAAACCGUCAGGGGCGUCAAGUUUGGAGAAUACCGCUGUGACAGGGAUGACCUCGCAGAGCUGGCCUCUCAGCAGUAUUACAUUGACUACGGUUCAGAGAUCCUCCUGGAGCGCCUGCUGAGCCUCAUCCCGUCUUACAUCCCGGACAGAGAGAUCACCACCUCCAGAUCGGUGGAGAAGUGGGCUCACUUCAUCAUGGCUGCUCAUAAAAAGAGCAUCUACACCCAGAAGAGAUUUGACCCUCAGAAGGUGAAGGAGGAAGUGGUCGACUUUGCUCGCCACAAGUGGCCUCUGCUGUUCUCUCGUUUCUACGAAGCCUUCAAGUUUUCAGGUCCCAGUCUGCCUAAAAACGACCUCAUCGUCGCCGUCAACUGGACGGGAGUUUAUUUUGUAGAUGAGCAGGAACAGGUCCUCUUAGAGCUCUCCUUCCCAGAAAUCACUGCAGUUUCCAGCAGCAGGGGAGGAAAGCUGCAGGGUCAGAGUUUCACUUUAGCGACCAUCAAAGGAGACGAGUACACCUUCACCUCCAACAACGCAGAGGACAUACGGGACCUGGUGGUGACCUUCCUGGAGGGUCUGAGGAAGAGGUCAAAGUUUGUGGUCGCUCUGCAGGACAACCCCACUGGAGAGGAGUCGACGUUCUUGAGCUUCCGGAAAGGAGACCUGAUCCUGUUGGACCAGGAGACCGGCGAGCAGGUCCUCAACUCUGGCUGGGCACACGGUGUUAACGAACGAACCAAUCAGAAGGGAGACUUCCCGGUGGACUGCGUCUACGUCCUGCCCACCAUGACCCGACCUCAGCAGGACAUAGUGGCGCUGGUCACCAUGACGCCCGAGCAGCGUCAGGAGUCGGUUCGUGUUUCGCAGGUCGUCAUGGUGGAAACUGAUGACAGAACGAAACCCUACACGCUGGAGGAGUUCUCCUACGACUACUUCAGGCCUCCUCCCAAACACACCCUGAGCCGGGUGAUGGUCACGAAGAAUCGCGGGAAAGACAAGCUGUGGAGCUGCACCCGAGAGCCGCUGAAACAGCCGCUGCUGAAGAAGGUCGUCAGCCACGAGGAGCUGGCUCAGGACGCCUGCAUGUCUUUUAUAGCUAUCAUGAAGUACAUGGGCGACUACCCGUCCAAACGAACUCGCUCGGUGAACGAGCUGACGGACCAGAUCUUUGAAGGGGCGCUGAAGGCCGAACCACUGAAGGAUGAGAUCUACUGUCAGAUCAUCAAACAGCUCACAGACAAUCACGUCAAGUACAGUGAGGAGAAAGGCUGGGAGCUGCUGUGGUUGUGCACUGGGUUGUUUCCUCCCAGUAACGUGCUGUUGCCGCACAUCCAGCGCUACCUCCAGUCCAAGAAGCACCACCCGCUGUCUGGAGACUGCAUGCAGAGGGUGCACAAAGCGCUACGAAAUGGAUCCAGGAAGUACCCUCCUCAUUUGGUGGAAGUGGAGGCCAUCCAACAUAAAACGACCCAAAUCUUCCAUAAAGUCUACUUCCCCGACGACACAGACGAGGCCUUCGAGGUGGAGUCGAGCACCAAGGCGAAGGAUUUCUGUCAGAACAUUUCCACCAGACUGCUGCUCAAAUCUCCCGAAGGCUUCAGCCUCUUCGUCAAGAUCUCGGACAAGGUGAUCAGUGUACCUGAGGGAGAUUUCUUCUUUGACUUCGUCAGACAUUUAACGGACUGGAUCAAGAAAUCUCGGCCGGCUAAAGACGGAAUCGUUCCCUCUCUGACCUAUCAGGUGUUCUUCAUGAAGAAGCUGUGGACUAACACGGUUCCAGGGAAGGACUCCUUCGCUGACUCCAUCUUCCACUACUACCAGGAGCUGCCUAAAUACUUGCGUGGCUACCACAAAUGUUCACGAGAGGAGGUUUUCCAGCUCGCAGCGCUUAUCUAUCGCGUCAAGUUCGAAGAUGACAAAUCCCAUUUUCCCACAAUUCCCAAGAUGCUUCGGGAGCUGGUUCCUCAGGACCUCAUCCGCCAGAUGUCACCAGAUGACUGGAAGAGGUCUGUUGUUGCAUACUUCAACAAGCAGGCCGGGAAAUCAAGGGAAGAGGCCAAACUGAUGUUUCUGAAGGUCAUCUACAAAUGGCCGACCUUUGGCUCCGCCUUCUUUGAGGUUAAGCAAACCACAGAGCCCAACUACCCGGAGAUCCUGCUGAUCGCCAUCAACAAGCAUGGAGUCAGUCUCAUUGACCCCAAGUCAAAGGACAUCCUGACCACUCACCCCUUCACCAAGAUCUCCAACUGGAGCAGCGGGAACACCUAUUUCCACAUCACCAUCGGCAACCUGGUCAGAGGAAGCAAACUGCUGUGUGAGACCUCACUGGGCUACAAGAUGGAUGACCUGCUGACCUCCUACAUCAGCCAAAUGUUGACCACCAUGAACAAGCACCGGUCAGGGCGGGGCCACAGCAAGUGAACUUCUUACUGGCAGGAAGCCACUGAGCUCAUCCGCCUCUUACGUCCUAUUGGCCAGCACUGCAGCUGGGGGCGGACCUUUACCAGCCACCUUUGGAGGAUGAGCCGCAGUCCUUCUGCUAGCACAGAAGGGUCAAAGUUCACCUGGGAGAGUUCGAAUGCUAGCGGCAGCAGCGACCCCGGCGAAGGCCCCAGCAACAAUUACCACUACAGCUAUGAUGAAGACGAGCCGUCCAGUGAGGAUGACUACCUCUGAACUGUCCUUUCUGACUGCGUCACCUUAAGAAGACGCUGUCAUCGUCAGGUCUGAGCCUUAAGUACACACUGCAGUGACCCUGAACAUGACCCUGUAUUAGCACUUUAUGCUAACCUGACUUCUAAUUGAGCAUUUUUACAUAUUAGCAUAGCAACACGCUAAUGCGCCAGACUGCUGUAAGGGGAUAUUUGACUGUUAACAGGGUUUGUGCAGGUUUUAGAGAGCAUUAAAGCCUCUUACUUUUGCCCAAUGUUUACGAUAUCACGUGUUUCAGAUGUCACACCUGUGGGGACCCCCUGCCUCAUUAUAAGCAAAUCCAUCCAUUAAAGUUCACUUGUACAUGUUUAGGUCAAACUAAUGGACUGACUACUCCUUUACUUGUUUUAAUACAUACACAGAUAAUAAAUUAUUUUAGGCCA